CUGCUCAGGAGAUCUUUGAGCUCGCAAUUGGACAACCACCAAGCCCAGAUCAUCGAGCAUGCUGACCAGGUGAUGAUCAGCUAAGCGAAAUCAACGACGUCCCAUUCUCCCACCUCUUCCAGUUCGUGCUUACGGCGGCACAAAGUUGCAGGACACACGCAGUGGGUUCUCGUGCUCGAUGUGACCCCGCCCUCGCGAAACUUUACUUCCCUUACGUGCAUAGUCUCGAAAAAAACCUCGACUUACAUUGAGACCCCACUCCCCACUUCAAUGCUUUCGCCCUGGUGACGUGGGAAUAGGUUGAAAAAUAAAUUAAGACGCUCUGACUACGGGGGGUCACACACAUUGCGCACUUAUUUUUUGCCUCUCUGCAGACUUGGCUUCCAUCGCUUAAUCCGGCACGUUGACGACCCCACUCCCGCAGCGGCGACGGCGAGCCACACUUCCCGCGCAAGCAGCUCGACCGGACGAACCGCUAUAUACAAGAGAGCAGGUGCAGAAUCUGCUUGACUUCCGCCGCGACAAGCCCCCCAUCUCAUCCCGCUCAGCCUUUGGCUCCAGAUCGACGACGAGUUGGGACAGCAGUGCAGUUUGGCCAACCGCAACCCAGUGGCUGAGCAUUGCUAUUCUCGUCAUUGCUAUCGUACUGCAGUUCUUGAUCCCUGGUGUGCAGCGCGAGAAGGCGUACUACAAUCACAGCGUGGGCGGCGUCUCCCCGUGGAGUCCCUUCCCUGACCAUUGGACGUGUGCGGAUCCAGAGCCAGCGCGACAGAAGAGGGAGGGCAUAUCCACGUUUCGGAACAAGGUUUCGGGUGUGAACAUGGGCCUUGCAGAUUCGGUCAAGAAGGUCGUCGACGAGUUCGAGUUCUCGGGCGAGGAUGUGCGGAAGGCAGUCAAGGAGUUCCUUAGGGAGAUGGACGAGGGCCUCCAGAAGGAUGGCACGCAUCUGAGUCAGAUACCGACCUUCGUGACGGCCGUGCCGAACGGCACGGAGAAGGGUCUGUACAUGGCUGUCGACCUCGGGGGCACAAAUUUCCGCGUGUGCUCCAUCAUGUUGCACGGCAACACGACAUUCUCACUUACGCAGAGCAAGACCAAGAUCCCCAAGGAGCUCAUGGUCGCGAAGACGUCCAAGGAGCUGUUCAGCUUCCUCGCAAAGCAGAUCCAACUGUUCCUGCAGGAACAUCACAACGAGCACUACGAGGGAUACAAGCAAAAGAAGCAGUCUGGGGACAGCGUAGAGGAGGAGGAGAUCUUCGACUUGGGCUUCACAUUCAGUUUCCCGGUGAAGCAGACAGGGAUCAACAGCGGGCUUCUUAUGAGGUGGACGAAGGGAUUUGAUAUUGCGGACGCAGUGGGAAAAGACGUUUGUGCGUUACUGCAGGCGGAGAUUGAUGCCCUGCAUUUGCCCGUGCGAGUGGCUGCCCUGGUGAAUGAUACCGUGGGUACGCUCAUGGCGCGGAGCUACACGUCUCCCGGCAAAACUGGCACUUUGCUUGGAGCCAUCUUCGGCACGGGAACGAACGGAGCGUACGUCGAAAAGCUGGAGAAGUGCAAGAAGCUACUCAACAACAGCGAAGCCGCAGGGACCUACGACACAUCCACAGGCGAGAUGAUUAUCAACACGGAAUGGGGCUCCUUCGACAACUCGCUGUCCGUGCUGCCAGAUACGCCAUACGACAGAGGCCUUGACAAGGACAGCGUCAACCCAGGCAUCCAGAUGUUCGAAAAGCGUGUCUCGGGCAUGUUCUUGGGCGAGAUCCUUCGUAGAGCCAUCGUAUCCCUGAUCGAGGAUUCACAGUGCGACCUGUUCAAGGAUGACAAUUCCAGCCGCAACGACCUGCACUCUACGACCAACGUCGACCGCAACUCACCGCUCUUCAAGGUCUGGGGCCUCGACUCCAGCUUUCUCAGCCUGGCUGUGGGAGACCAUCAAGGUCUACACCUUACUCGUCAAGCCCUGGACAAGGACCUUGGUGUCUCAGCACCCUCGCAUGAAGAUGCAGAAGCCAUCAAGAUGCUCGCCGCCGCCGUGGGUCGCCGCGCCGCUCGUCUCUCCGCCGUGGCCAUAGCAGCCAUAGCCAUCAACUCGGGGCGCCUGACUUCGGGAGACGACAUCAUCGACGUGGGCGUGGACGGCAGCCUUGUGGAGUUCUACCCUGGCUUUGAAGACCUGAUCCGCGAGGCACUGAGGGAGGUGGAGGAGAUUGGGGAGCAGGGGGAGAAGAGGAUCAGGAUCGGCAUUGCAAAGGACGGAAGCGGCGUCGGUGCGGCGCUCAUUGCGCUCGUGGCCGGCAAGACGAGAAGGGCAAGUACCGUCGCUUAGACGAAACCUCUUUUUGGCUGGGGAAUCUAGGCUCCUUUUCUGGGUAUACAUGCACACACACACAUAUAUAUAUAUAUAUAUAUUUAUACAUUUAUAGCUAGGUAUAUGCUAUGACCUCUAUUUUUGGUUCCUUCCUCUGCUAAGUUUUUGGUCUUUGCCAUUUGGAAAUCAAAUUGCCGAGUUUGAGAGGUUUAAAUUUCCUUGUAUUCAUUUCAUACUUGGAACUCUUGAAGAAUGCAAGGAAAGAUUUGAUUUG